GCGAUCUACUACCAAGCGCUAGCGUCUCUGGAGUCAUCUUCAUAUUUUUUUGUCCGUUAUUUUAUUCGUGUAAAACAAGAUAGUUCAUUUGUAACUUGCCGAAAGCAGAAUGGGACAUUUAAAAUAGCAUUACAAGCCUAAAUGAAUGAAGAAUAUAAAAGCGAACAGCUGUGACGAUGAGGAGGCUGAACAGAAAGAAAGCUCUGAACUUUGUGAAGGAGUUGGAUGCUUUUCCAAAGGUUCCUGAGAGUUAUGUCGAGACAACAGCUAGUGGAGGAACUGUUUCAGUUCUGGCUUUCACGGCAAUGGCGCUCUUGGCCUUUUUUGAAUUCUUUGUGUACCAGGACACAUGGAUGAAGUAUGAAUAUGAAGUGGAUAAAGAUUUUACCAGUAAACUAAGAAUUAAUAUAGAUAUUACAGUCGCCAUGAGGUGCCAAUUUGUUGGGGCAGAUGUGCUGGAUCUUGCUGAGACAAUGGUAGCAUCUGAUGGCUUGCAGUACGAACCGGUUGUUUUUGACCUAUCCCCCCAGCAGAGGCUCUGGCAAAGAACGCUUUUGCUUAUUCAGAAUCGUCUGCGUGAGGAACAUUCACUUCAAGAUGUUAUUUUUAAAAAUGUCAUGAAAGGUUCACCAACUGCUCUUCCACCCAGGGAAGAUGACCCCACUCAGGCUUUAAACGCCUGCCGAAUACAUGGACAUCUUUAUGUCAAUAAAGUAGCAGGAAAUUUCCACAUCACUGUUGGCAAGGCUAUUCCACAUCCACGAGGUCAUGCUCACCUCGCUGCCCUGGUUAGUCAUGAAACAUAUAACUUCUCCCAUCGGAUAGACCAUCUGUCAUUUGGAGAAGUAAUUCCAGGCAUUCUGAAUCCAUUGGAUGGCACAGAGAAAGUGUCCUCAGAUCAUAAUCAGAUGUUUCAGUACUUUAUUACAAUUGUGCCCACAAAACUGCAGACGUACAGAUUGUCAGCAGACACACACCAGUAUUCAGUCACUGAGCGUGAGCGAGUGAUAAACCACGCAGCAGGAAGUCAUGGGGUGUCUGGGAUCUUUAUGAAGUAUGACAUCAGCUCUCUGAUGGUGAAGGUGACUGAACAGCACAUGCCGCUUUGGCAGUUUCUCGUGCGACUUUGUGGCAUCGUAGGAGGCAUUUUCUCAACAACAGGCAUGCUGCAUAGUCUAGUUGGCUCCUGCAUAGAUGUGGUCUGCUGCCGUUUUAAACUGGGGGUUUACAAACCAAAGAGUAGGACAAUCCUGGAUGGGCAUGUGAAUAGUCUAACGCCACUUCUUACUGAGAACGGGGAACACUAGCAGGACAGUCCUUCCCAUCACGUUAACAAACCAUUUCAUUGGCUCUUCAAUCCAAACCGGUGUACAUUUUAGGACUCUUAUGUAUACACGUGCCAUCUAGGUACUUUGUUACCCAGUUCGUUGUCAAUUGUGGUACUGUAAAGAGCUGUCUGUAUCAAAACAACUUCCAGAACAGGAUUAUAAAAUUUAUUGUUUGUACCAUUUGAAAAAAGUCUUUGGGUCUUAAAUUAUAUAGUAGAAUAUUUACCAGACAGUUGUAUGGAAACAAGUUUUUGAGUUCAGAAAAUCUAGUUAUUUUAUUCUAAGCAUCUCAAAUCCUUUUGAUGAAGAUGAAGCAAAUAUUUCCAUGUUAUCAAGGGGGAUGUUUCUAAAUGCACUGAUGUCAAACAGACUUUUCCUAAGUGUAUAGAAACCUCCUUAAAAACAGGUCUGAUCCAAAUCUAACUACAAAUAGGUUGUAUAUGGAUGCAGAAACAGGAACAUUUAACAAGGCACAAGCAGCUAUCACAGUACUAAUAUUUGGUAGGGAAGUAAGCUCAGUGACUGAAGCCGAGCCAAGAUACCCACCUCAGGAAGGACAGUCACUAUUCUAGCAUAUGUGUUGCAUGUGUAUGUGAAGCAAUUGCUCUCAAUAUUAUUGAUCGUUGAUCGCUAAAAGAAUGAUCGUUGAGGGUUCAGUGGGAUAGAAUUCCAAUUUGUUUUUAAGACUGAUUUGUUCAUUUUACUAACUAGGGGAAUCAGUUAAAGAAAUUAAAGCACAUUUAAAUCUUAAAAAGUCUGACCUUUUAUAAAUAUUUGCCUACACAUACAGUUAUACAAUGUAUAUGCAUGUGCAGCUUUAUGCUAAAUCCAGUUCAAGUUUAAUAAGCGAAAAACCUUUAUGUAAAUUUAUCAGGUUUGAUUUUAUGAUUUUGAAAUUGGCUUUUAAUCUAUCCGUUGCUAACAAGACAAUUUGCCAAGACCCUUUCAAGUGUGUAUUAAGAUAAGAAAUAUAUUUUCAGAUCGUUCUCAUGAAGGAUCAUCACUUGUGUCAUUGGAUUUAAUUUAAUUUAUGAAUCAUACGAUCCUUCCUCGAUACCGUUCUAUGAUUGGCGUACAUUUAACUGGUAUUCAGUCAUGUCCAAAUAAAACCUUUUGACUUUCGUA